UGAACCGGGCAUCCUUAACAACUCUUCAAGAAAGAAAAAGCUGGCAACCCCCCUCUCCACCUGGUUCCUCUCUCCUAUAGCUCUUGCUAAACCCUAACUUUUAUCGGACAGAGCAAAUCGCGACGAGUUUGUUAAAAAUGGAUUAUCAGUCUCAAUCUCCGAGUAAGGGAAACCUCAAUAACGAACGAGAUCUCCAUAAUCGGCGGCUCUACAACCCUUACCACGACCUCCAAAUCCCAACACAGGCCCUUUUCCAGCUCCCGACAGCCCCCGAGUUUCUCUUUCAGGAAGAAUCCCGUGUUCAAAGACGAUCAUGGGGAGAGAACCUAACCUACUACACCGGCAUCGGAUAUCUAGGCGGAGCCACCGUCGGGGCUGGUAAAGGUUUCUUCGAGGGCGUACGAGCUUCCGAGGCAGGGGAGUCGAUGAAGCUCCGGGUCAACAGAAUUUUGAAUGGGUCAGGUCACACUGGGAGGAAGUUUGGUAAUCGGGCUGGUGUGAUCGGGCUGCUCUAUGCUGGGAUGGAGAGCGGUAUGGUCGCCAUCAGGGACACGGAUGACGUCAUUAACAGCAUUGUUGCGGGACUAGGAACUGGAGCUAUGUACAGGGCGGCAUCUGGGCUGAGGUCGGCUGCUUUAGCCGGAGUUUUCGGUGGCGUCAUUGUUGGAUUGGGAGUGACAGCAAAACAGGCAAUGAAGCGUUAUGUCCCGAUCUGAAAAAUCUGCUUGCUUGAUGGUUUGCUGGUGUGUAAUGCUCUAUUCUUAGCUUUGUUAGAAGUGGAAAAAAUUUUGAUCAUAAAUUGGCAGAUUGUCUUUAUUCAAUUAUAUUGAAUCAACAAACCAUGUAGUUGGAUCAUGAAAGCUUCAAACCCUUACCAGACAUUCAUUUGUGUGGUGAUAAUAUUUAGCUGCAAAAGUUCUAAUAAUUUCAUGCCUAUUGCAUAAUGCCAUAUAUACUUCUUUCCUAGUUGUAAUCUAA